AAUCUAAGAGAUACAGAACCCACCAUGGGUAAACGAAUGAGAAGAACCAGAACGCUCUGUUGCUGCGUAUCUCCUCGAGUUUCACAUCUCACUCCUCACGCCAUCUUCUCCUGGUACGAAGAGGACCUGUGGACAGAGAUAGCUAAGUUCUUGGAUGGAAAAUCUUUGGUGAUGCUUUCGGCAACUAGCAAGUGGUUCCGUCGUAUCAUUAUGGAGGACAACAUAUGGAAAUAUGCAUGCUUGCGAGACCUCCAGGUUCCUGAUCCUGGAAAAGUAUCUUUCAAAUGGAUCAACUUAUAUGCAACAGCCUUUAAUGGAUGCCACUCUUACAAGUUCCGCCAGCAGGAGAAGCAUAUUGGUAUGACCUCUCCUGCAGUUUUGCUUUUAUAUGGUGGAUUUUGGUAUUAA